AUGAACCCACCUGAACACAUAUCAGAAGAGGAUUUUGAAUAUGAAUACGAUGACAUCGAGACAGAGACCUUCUUCGUGGAUAUUGAUCUGUCCUCCUUGAACUCUAACAUCAAGUCGCACCUCCCCGUCCCUCUCAAGCCCGUGACGCCGGCCAAAAGAAAAAGACCCGACUCUGGUACUCCCGCGCCUGGCCCGGACGACCCCGUGGGCGGCGGCGGCGGCGGCUGUCUUGAGGCUGCAGAACCCGGAGCAGGCGAAGGCCGUGACUACUCGACGCAGGAACCGCACCAGACACCUUCCCGGAAUGAACAAGAUGACAAUGAUGACGAGAAUGCACACCUGCCCGCACCCUCACGUGUGCAGAUUCUUGAUUUGGCCACACUCAACCCCAUCAUCUCUUACCAAGCCAAGUGCGUGUUGGACGGCGCCGACGUUCUGCGAUCAACCGACGAAUACGACCUGAUAGGCCUGUCACGCAUCAAGCUGGUCGGUCAGGCAGCCAAGAUGUUGAAGAAAGAGAAACCGGCGGAAGAAACCCGGAUAGAUGAUCCGCUUGUCAGUGCCCAAGCGGGUGCGAGUGGCGAGCUCGCCCAAGCCCGACACGACCAGGAUCAGGCGAGCAAACAGGCUUCCUUCUUGGAAAAAUUGAUGCAAGUGAAACGGCAGCGCGGCGAAACAGAUCUUGUUCGCACAUUCGUGGACGAAAGGACUGCGUCGGUUGACCUGGCACGGGUACAUGAAUCGCAUCGUGACGAAAUCCAAGAACUCAAUGUCCAAGUGCUUCGGGGAAACCCAGAUGCUCUCGUCAGAUUGCAAGAAAUCUAUUCUCAGUCUGAUGGCAAGGCCUCUCAGAUUCCAGAGUCUUCAGAGAGACCUGCAGAGGCCCACGAUGAGGCCGACAUAACUAUGUAA